AUGGCAACCGCAUCAAGCGAUUCGGUUUUACAUGAGAAAUUUCUUCUCUUUUGUGAUUUUGUGAAAAAGGGUUCCACCACCGCUACCGACAAGACCGUUAAAAGGAUCUUUACAGACGGUGGGAUAUACUGCAAAGGAAUGGACGCUAACAGAGUGGAUAUAGAAUUCCGUGGACAUAUAGGGAAUAAUAAACGAGACGUAGACUUCAAGGGCUUUGUGGACUUUCUUGAAGGUCGCUUGGCGAAGACCUACGCAGCAGCCCAAGGCAUCGACGACGUGGCUGAGGCGGCUGCUCAACUCAAGGCGAAGGUGGAGAACGCCACUCCUCAAUUACGCGGAGCCACGAAAACCAGCAACGACGCAACAACAGCCAGGUUGACCGACGUAAGAGGCUUCACUGGGUCCGCCAAGGAACGGUUCGAUCCCUCAACGGGCAAGGGAAAGGGCAAGGCAGGUCGCGAGGAUCCUCUUCCAGCGUUCACCUCCUCUGGGAUUUCAGCCCCUCGAAAAUAA